AAGGCAUCUUGGGAGGGAAACGAGCUGCAAACAUGGCGGCUGCUCUAGCAAGAGUCUUGUCCUUCAGUAAAAAUGUUAAAGCGUUUGUUUCUCCUUUGAGGCUCUCUGUUGUACCUUUACAGCACUACACAUUAGAUGUCUCCAGCACCGGCGAGACUAUCACACACACUGGACAAGUAUUCGACGAAAAAGACCCAAGGAGAGCUCGUUUCGUUGGCAGACAGAAAGAGGUGAACAAGAAUUUUGCCAUUAAGUUGGUGGCUGAAGAAGCAGUGACUGACAUGGAGGACCGUGUGGUGUCAUGUGAUGGAGGCGGAGGAGCGCUGGGGCACCCCAAAGUCUACAUUAAUCUGGAUAAAGAUACUAAAGUGGGCACAUGUGGCUACUGUGGAUUACAGUUCAAGCAGAAGCAUCAUCACUGAAUCUAUUCCUCUCACUUUGCUUCACUGUAUAACUCCCCACAUUGCUUAAUAAAUUGUAAUUAUGUACCUGAA